GGGAACCAAUUUUAAAACAAUAGACGUUUCUCUCAUAUCUCUAUUGUCUGAGAUAUCUAUAAUCUGUGUGUUUGGGAGACCCUUUCAAAAAGCAGUUGCACCAGUUAUGGCUAUUACUUCCUCAGGUCCUGUUUUGAAUAAUGAAGUUGCUGGACAACAGGAGAAGAAAGGUCGCUCUAAUUGCCAUGUAGUUCGUGUCAUUGGGAGCAGAAUAUAUGAUUCCCGAGAUGGGAAGACUUGCCACCAAUGCCGGCAAAAAACAAGGGAUUUUGCUGCCUCGUGCAAGAAUCAGAAAGGAAACAAGCAAUGCCCAAUUAACUACUGCCAUAAAUGCCUACUAAACAGGUAUGGAGAGAAAGCUGAAGAGGUAGCACUGUUUGAUGAGUGGAAAUGUCCUAAGUGUAGGGGCAUUUGCAAUUGCAGCUUGUGUAUGAAGAAAAGAGGUCAUAAACCAACUGGUAUACUUGUGCACACAGCCAAGGAAAAUGGGUUUUCCUCUGUCUCAGAACUGCUACAUGUUAAAGGUCCUGAGAAUUUUGGUCUUGAUAGAAUUGCAAAAGAUGCAAGUGUUUCAUUGAAGAAACCUGCUUCCACAAAGGAGUCUAUAAUUGCUUCACCAAGGAAACCUGGGAAAGAAAACUCUUUUGAUCGAAACAAUGAUCUGAGUGAGCAUUCUCAGAGUUUAACACUAGUCUCUAAGAAGUCCAAGAAAAUGAGGAGGGAAGGAUUACUGGAAGUUAAUCAUAGCAUCAGGAAUGAUGAUGGUAAUGCUAAUUCAAAGGAGAGUGGUCAGAAGAAGCCUAGACUUACUAGGGAAGUUUCUAAAAACAAAGUAAAGGUAAAUGAAGAGGAUAAGAGUGUUUUGAUUGGGAAAAGUAAGUCUAAGACACAGUACAAGGCCAUUCGUCAGAAAGAAGUGAAGAGAAAUGGAAAGGAUGAAGGUGUUAUUGUGGAAGAAAAGAAGUCUAAGACACAGUCUCAAGAUGUAUCAAAGAAAGAAAUAACUGUGAAUAAAAAGGCUGUAGGUAACUUUGUUGAGAAAAAGAAGCUUAAGACACAAAUGCCAAAGGAUUUUGCUGUUUGUCGUACUGCAAAGGAAGAGAGGGAUGCUGCAAAUUUUAAAAAUGGAGCAGUUUUGAGUGGUGUUAAAAUUGAUAAUCUUGAAACCAAGAAUAUGACAGCCAUAGAGCUGUGCAAGAUCAACAAGUGUACUGUGGAGCAGCAGAGCAAACAAAUUGAUAACAGCAUUCCAUUGCCUGUGUCCACCUGCUUAACUAAUGUAGCAGGAAUUGAGUUACCCCAUAAAGAUGCUGGGGAUGCAUUGCGAUUCUUCGAGUUUUGUGCUGCUUUUGGUGAGGUUCUUGAUCUCAAGAAAGGGCAAGCUGAAGCCGUGAUUAGAGAAAUAAUAUUUGGCCGAAGAGCACGCCGGUCACAAGGCUCGUUAUUAGUGCAUUUUCACAUCAAAUUAUUGCUUCUGAUACAAGAGGAUAUAGGAGAAGAGUUUGCCACACUGAGUCCAGCCAAUGGGAAAAAUUCAUGGUUGAAGGCUUUUGGGAAAUGUGUCUCUGAGUGCAAUUUCAUAUCAAUGGGAUUCCCCUCUGAUUGUUUUGAUGAUAAUGAAGGAUAUGAUAUGUUGAGCACCUCACAAAAGUUUAAACUCUUGAAUUUUCUAUGUGAUGAAGCUCUUAAUACAAAAGAUUUGAGGAGUUGGAUUGAUGAUCAAAAUUCUAAAUUUAUUGAAAGAGAGAAGGAAGCAAGAGAAAAGGUUCUUGCAGCAAAGGAUAAGGAGAAACAAUUGAAAAAGAAGGUGCAGGAUGAGGUGGCUAAAGCCAUCAUUGCAAAAGCAAAAAAUGGUGCUCCCUUCACUGUUUCUGAGCAUGAAGCAAUAGUUUCACAAAUAAAAAAAGAAGCUGCUCAAGCUCGUGCUGAAAUGAUGGAGGCUAUGGGAAUGGUACCCCAAAAAAGACAAAGAUCCGAUGCUGUUAGAACAGAUCCUAUCCUUUUGGAUGUCAAUGGUCGUGCCUUUUGGAGACUAAAAGGCUAUAGUGAUCAACCAGACAUCUUGCUUCAAGAUGUAGGGAGCUGGACUUCAGUUGAACCUGAGGAGAAAUGGUUUGUCUAUGAUGUAGAACAGAAACAAGGAAUUGAGAAAUACAUCUCCUCCUUAAGGACAAAAAAGCUCAGAAUUCAAAAAGCUACUGAAACCCCUUUCUAUGGAGACGUUGAAACAAACUAAUAGUAUGCUUUUACUGACAUUUUGCCAUCUUUAUGUGCAGUGAGAUCAAGAAGAAAAUUCUGAGGUUCAUCUACUACUACAUUUUUGACAAUGGCUUCAAGCAAAGUGGUCUGAUGCUGAACUUGCAGUAUUAAGUAAUUGACAUCUUUGCUUAGAUUUCUUUGGUUGUUGUAUAAGCUUAUUAAAACGAUGAAUUAUAACAUUUUUAGAGCAGUUAAUUGUCAUUGUUUGCAAGUUUUCUUGUAAAAGGAGAAAUCAUUUUAUGUAAUUAUUGUAUGUAUAAUGAAUAUGUUUUAAUUAUUUCUCUUAUAAAGAUUAUUAAUUUAUUUUUUU